AUGCUUUUGCAGAAUUUCGACGGCGAACUCGACAUGUACCGCGUCCGGGAAGAGGACCAACACACGUUAUCGGUGCUGGAUAACCUGCGGCGCAUUCUCAACAGCCGGGCGGGAUCCCUCAGCCACCUGCCGGAUUAUGGCCUGCCGGACAUGGCGCAGACGCUGCAAGGGCUGCCCGCCUCGGCACAUGGGCUGAUGGGGACGCUGAUGAAUACGUUGCUCAAGUACGAACCGCGUCUGGAAGCCGUCAACAUCGAACUGUUGCCACAGAUCUGGCCCGGCCAUUUGGAAUAUUCCCUCGAUGUACAACUGAAAAACGGCGAGCGGGCGACCUUCGGCACAACCCUGGCGCCCGAGGGCAAAAGUAUUGUCGGUGGUGAUCCUCGCGGCUUUGGUGAGUUCACGGCUUUGCGGGACGAGUUGGCCAAGCUGAGCCAUCCAGCAUGUCCAGACGUCGACUGGGCAAAGGUUGAACAGUUGUGCCUGACGUUGUUUCAGAACAACGGCGCGGAGCUGCAAACCGCCGCUGCUUUUGCGUUGGCGCGCAGCCAACGCUACGGCCUGGAGGGCAUGGCCCAGGGAGUGACGCUGAUUGAGGCGUUAUGCAGCGAAUGGGCUACGGCAGUGCCCGUCCCUGAGCGCCUGAGCGGUGAACUGGAUCGAUUGGCCGCGCAGUUGGAUCGUCAGGGGCAGGCGCCUCUGGUCAGCCUGCAGGCGCUGCGUCAUCAGGUUGGCAGCUUGAUGCGGCGUUUGGAGCGCAGCCAAAAUGCAGGUGGAGCGGACCUGAUGUUGACGAGCGCCCCGGAACCGGCCUUUGUCCUGCCGGUGGUUAUCCUGCCCGCCCUACCAAUGCCGGAGUUGCUGCCUGCGGUCUCCCGAAAGCCCCGUAUCGUUCUGUGGCUGUUUGCGCUGAUCACAUUGAUGGCGCUGGGUGGUGGUUGCUGGUGGUGGGUUGAUCAACGCGUCCAGCCGCAACCAGCGGUGCCCGGCACUGUGCACCUGGACAGCCUGUCGCUGUUCGAUGCCGGCAGCAUCGAGCUCAAACCCGGCUCGACCAAGGUGCUGAUCAAUGCACUGGUCAACAUCAAGGCCCAGCCCGGCUGGCUGAUCGUGAUCGUCGGGCACACCGACACAACCGGCGACGCCGAGCAGAACCUCCAACUCUCCUACGCCCUGCCUCGGCGGUACGCGACUGGAUGCACCGGCGCGGCAGGCAAGCAGCCGAUCGCCAGCAAUGACACGGCAUCUGGACGAGCAGCCAACCGUCGGGUUGAUAUCCGCCUGAUGCCACAAGCACAGGCCUGUGCGCUGUCGGAGACUGGGGAGGGC